GGUUGUCCUUAUCAGUGUUUACAAUCUAGAAAUUCUUUCGAAAUCGUUAGAAUGAUGUUUGACUUUGAAUGUCAAAUGUGUUAAACUACAAAAUAGUAAACACAACAAACUUUACAGGGUCAAAUCCUCUAAAUGCAGCAGUUACCGGUAACUUACAUUUCAGUAACGUGUCUGAUGAUAAUAAUAACAGUGUUUAAUAAAACCAAUAAUGGUGUUCACACAAGUGGUAUCCAUCAAAGACAAAGCCCCUGGAACCAAAGUAUACAACUAUGCUGAUUCAUUCUGGUGUACAUAUAUUGUGUCUGUGGUGGCUGCCAGUGUUGCAGAAAUAUUGACAUACCCAUUGGAUUUGACCAAGACCCGUCUGCAAAUACAAGGUGAAGUAGCUACUAGCAGCAAACCUACACAGUAUAGAGGCAUGUUAAAAACUGCUGUUGGCAUUGUCAAUGAAGAAGGUGCCCUGAAAUUGUGGCAAGGUGUGACACCUGCACUCUAUAGACAUGUAGUGUAUUCUGGUAUUAGGAUUGUAUCGUACGAAACCAUGCGUGAUAAAUUAUUAUUAAAAAACGAAGAUGGAUCAUUUCCAAUUUGGAAAUCGGCCAUAAGCGGAGUCAUGUCUGGUGUUAUUGCUCAGUAUUUUGCUAGUCCAGCUGAUUUGAUCAAAGUUCAAAUACAGAUGGAAGGCAAACGGCGUCUGAUGGGAGAGCCUGCUAGAGUGUUAAGUGCAGCACAUGCGUUCAAAAAAAUAGUAUCCGAAAGUGGUGUCCGUGGUUUGUGGAAAGGCUCAAUUCCAAAUGUACAACGUGCUGCACUUGUAAAUCUUGGUGAUUUGACUACUUAUGAUACAGCUAAGCAAGUAAUUAUGCAUAAAACUGGAUUACCUGAUUCACAUCUUCUACAUUGUCUUUCUAGUAUAUGUGCUGGAUUAGUAGCAGCUACAUUAGGAACUCCAGCAGAUGUUGUAAAAACACGUGUUAUGAAUCAACCAACUGACAAAAAUGGAAUUGGUUUGAUAUACAAAGGAUCUUUGGACUGCUUAAUUAAGACUAUUGAAAAUGAAGGGUUUUUUGCUCUUUACAAAGGAUUUUUACCCGUCUGGAUUAGAAUGGCACCCUGGUCAUUAACUUUUUGGAUGAGUUUUGAACAAAUACGCCAUGUGCUUGGUGCUACUGGAUUUUAGAAAUUACAGAGUAUAAUCAUUAGAUCUCAUUUUUAUUAUGUUUUUCAUCUUUUACAAUAGUUCUAAAAUAUGUUAAUAUGUUUAUUUUCAUCAUCUCCUUGAUCGUAUGGAAAAUUUAGUCAUGAACAUACACACUACACACAGUUUAUUUUGUAGAUUCUAGAGAUGGACGUAGGUACAAGUACUAUGAAUUAUAUUAUUAAACAAAAUCAAUGGUAAGACAACAUUAUAAAAGUAACAUUGACAAACCGUCUCCAUCAAUCGAUGUAAAUGUAAUGACGGCUAGUUAAUACCAAUAUAACACCAUCUUCGAAAUUAAAUAAUUAAAAAUUGUGUUCUAGCAUCAAUUAUAAAUUACUAAAGUUAUCAUCACUUUUGGCCCAAACUUGUGUUGUUAUUAGUGUUAUUUAUGUUUAAAAGAAUAACUGAUGUAUUGAAAUGUUUGAAAGUUAAUUAUUUAAUCUAUAUUUAAUAUUUGGCCAAAUACCAAUUAUUUUAUUGUGUUAACUAAAAUGUUUACUACCCAAAUUUAUCUGUCAAUUUAAUUUACUUGUAAAAUUAUUUUUUGUGUGUACAAAUUAACAAUACAUAUUACCAAUCAAUUAUAAUUUAUAGAAAUGUUAGUGCAUUUCUAUAAAAUAUAUAAGUACCAUUACAUAAAUGAUAAAUACAUUAUACAAUCUAUGAUGCCAAUUAAACCCAAUAUCUAUUGCUAACACAAAUCAUUGUGUUUUUAUUCAAUAGAAUUGACUUGAAGGUCAAU